AUAAAAAUGUUUGCUUUAAUAUUUCUUGUUUUAAACCAAAUGAUAAAUUAUUUUCAACCUAUUUCUUAUACUAAUUAUCCCUGAUUCAUACAUUUUUCUUAAGUAUAUAUAGUUCUAUAUCAGUAAAAAGCUUAUAUUCUUGUUUAUGUAUAUAUUUACUUGUUCUGCGAAAAUAUUAUAAAUACUAUAAACUUUAUAGUAUAAAGCUUACUUGUGUGAACAGUAAUAAGAUUGAGUUUGGAGCAAUAUACAUAUAACAGAACACAUCGCUCUGUCGCCGUCAGUCAAUCUUCAUCUUCCCAAGUAAACAUGGGACUACUCUGGACAAUUCCAACUGUUCUUUUUAGCUGCAUUCUUAUGGGGGAAGCCUGUAGAUACUCUUGUGUUGCUGAAAACCAAUGUUUACAACAGGCACCCCUAUUCGAUUAUCGCUUAAUGCCGUGUGAUUUCCCUAAAGUCUGUUGUGAAAGUCUAAAACAAAAAAGUGUUCAGGAAGGCAACCAUUUAAAUUCAAAUGAGACUUUAAGAAAGGAUCCAUCGAAACCUGUCUACAAUGGUAGUCAAACAUCGCCAAAUUAUCCCAAUGGAGAGGCCAACAAUACACAAUGCGGUAUGAGCAAUCCGAACGGCUUAGUACGUGUUCAAGGAAUUACCGAGGAUAACGCAAAGCCUGGUCAGUUCCCCUGGGCCGUGGCUAUAUUCCACAAAACUUCAUACUUGGCCGGCGGAUCCUUGAUCGCCCCUGGCGUUGUCCUGACUGUUGCUCACCGAAUGGUGGACAAGUUAACGACCAAUCUUUUCAUCAGAGCUGGCGACUGGGACUUAAACAACGUCAGGGAGCCAUUUAACGCUGAGCAGCGCGAUGUGGAAAGGAUCACGAUCCAUGAAGGAUUUAACUUUUCGUUAGGUGCCAACAACUUGGCCCUUCUCUUCCUGCAAACACCGAUAAAAUUGUCAGAUCCCAUCAGAACUAUCUGUUUGCCUGACCCUCAAAAGUCUUUCGGUGGACGUCGAUGCAUGGUUGCCGGAUGGGGAAAGAUAAAGUUUCAAGAUCAAAGUUUUUCUAGCAUUUUGAAGAAAGUUGAGGUACCCAUGGUGGACAGAAAUAUGUGUCAGCAACAGUUGAGGAAAACCAGUAUGGGCUUUGACUAUCAGCUUCCUGAGAAGAUAAUUUGCGCCGGAGGUGAACCUAACCAGGAUGCCUGUAUCGGCGAUGGCGGAUCUGCCCUAUUCUGCUCAAUCGGAGGGAAGGACUCGGAUAUCUACGAACAGGCUGGCAUAGUUAAUUGGGGCAUCGAAUGUGGACGAGAGAAUAUCCCAGCUAUCUAUACAGAUUUGGCAAUAUAUAGGGAUUGGAUUUGGCAGCAUACCUUUGGCUUGCUUUAA